AUGAACUAUACAGUUAUAGUCCCAAAAGGAUCAAUUCUUAUCAAGAAAAAAAGUUCAGAGGCACUAUGGGAUGCAAACGAGAUCAGAACUCUACUGUUAUUGAGUAUUGGAGCACAAGCCAUUCUUACUUUCUUUGGCAAUCGUAGAAAGUACCGGUUAAGCUCUUUGAGCCGAUUUUGUGUUUGGUUAUCCUACUUAAUGGCAAGUCCCAUGGUAACAUUUGUCCUUGGCAGGCUUUCUACAAUGAGUACCACGACUUAUGUCGUAAAAGAAAAUGACGCAGUCGACAUCGAUAAAUAUUCAAAUUAUAAGUUCUACAUGGACUGGUGGGCAUCAAUGCUUUUGGUGCAAAUUUGUAGCCCAAAUAUGAUCUCCUACUCAAUUGAAGAUAAUAAGUUAACAUUUAGGCAAGUUAUUGGACUAAGCACCCAAGUAGCCUUAGCAGUUUGGAUCUUCUGUCAAGCAUUAAUUUAUAUGACAGGUACCGUGAUCACAGAGGUAACUGAAUUCAUCUUAGAGGUAAGUGGUUGUGCGCCAGGAUUAAUCAAAGUUGUAGAAAGACUCCGAGCAUUCAUGUCAUUAAGGAAUAGAGAAAAAGUUGUUAUAACUACUUUUGUACAUAGUGAUUCUCGAAAAGUAGAAAUCCCAAUCGAGCUUAGAUCUAAUUUCAGAGAAACUUCUGAUGAUCUUGCUUUGCUUGUGAAGGCUUAUCAACGCUUUGACCGGUUGAAGCCUUAUCUUGAGAACUGGCUAGGCUACCAUUCAUCUAGUUAUCUUCCUAAUUCAGUGAGUGUAGACUACGGACAUCCUAAGGAUGUUUUCAGAGUCACAGAAUUUGAGCUUAGCUUUAUGUAUGAUGUGCUCUAUACCAAUGCGUUCAUCAGCUAUUCUAAGAGAAGUUUUUUGGGUCGCAUCAUUUGCAUUAUUAUUCUAUCUGUUUUGUGUGUGCGUUUGGGGUAUGAAAUAGACAACGAUCUGGAUUUCAUAAUUACCUAUGUGUUGCUUAUUGGAGCACUUGUACUUGAAUUCUAUGAGAUGAAGGAAUUUUUGUGCUCAGAUUGGGCAAUACUUAAUAUGAUGAAUCAAAAUAGGAGUGCAUGUAUGAGAAGAUUGUUGAGGAUUGUUGCUCGAAAGAAUCCAAGUAAGAAGCAUAGGUGGUCACAUUCCAUGGACCAAUUCAACUUACUAAGCUAUUGUCUCUAUGAAGACUCUACAAAGCUUGGUGGGGUGGUUAGGAGAAUUCCCAAAGUCAAGAGCUACUACAGCGAAUACAAAAAGUAUUGUGUCAAGAAAGAUAUAAAGGUCCCUGAAGAGUUGAAGAAAUUGGUACUACAACAAGUGGAAGAGGUAAGAGCACAAAGAGGUGGGAAUCCUUUCUCCGAAUGUGGCGUAUGGCCACUUGAAAAAUGCUAUUGUCUCCAAGAUUUGGAAUUGAAUAUUCCACAAGAUUUUGGUUCCCACGCCAAGAAGCAAACAAAGUUUGGCAAAGCCAUUUUUAUAUGGCACAUUGCCACAAGUGUUUGUUACUAUCUAGAUGAUGGUCACUUACAAGAUAUAUUCAAUCCCUCUGAACGUGAAUUGAGCAAAGUUUUAUCAGAUUAUAUGAUGUAUCUUUUGACCAUGCAUCCUGAUAUGUUAUCUAUUGUCCCUAGUGACAUUCUCUUUCGUGGUGUUUGUGCUCAAGUGGGUGAGGUUUUGAAGAAAGAAUCAAGGGAUGAAGCCACAUUGUGCAGGAUUUUACUAGAUGAGCUUGUGGAUGAAAAUUAUCUACAAGGAAUUCCAAAGAAAAAUGUGCUUACAUCAGAAUGGAAUGUGGUUCUUCAGGUGCAAAAAUUGGCUGGAAUAUUGCGUGGAAGAGAGGACAAAUGGAGAAUAACAAGUGGUGUUUGGGUGGAAAUGUUGUGUUAUGGUGCUACUAAUUGUCCUUGGACUCUCCAUGCAGAGCAACUUAGGCGAGGUGGAGAAUUGCUCACUCAUGUUUCGCUUUUGCUUGAGCAUGAGAAAGAUGAAGCCAAUUUUCAAUCUCUUCAAAUGCAAUAUGAUGCUUAA